CUAGCUCUAGUGGUUGUCGUAGUCUGUUCAUCCAUCGGUCGCAGUAUUUCCUUCGAAUAUAAGCUUUUACCCAGUAGCAUCCCAGCAGGGUAAUUGUCCUUUUUCCUGAGACAUAUCUGGCAGAGAAACAAAAGUAGAAUUGAUCGACAUCAGCCCCCGUUCGUAUUCGUUCAAGAGAAAGACAUACCAGAACAAGAUGGGCCAGUGGGAAGAUUUGGACGAUGUUGGCAAGGUGGCCUUCACCACGGGGAAGCUGGAGCGGUGGGGCAAGAUCGCAGCGCGCUGCGCCGAAGACGAGGAGUGCGACCUUGCCGAGUACGAAGCUGCCAAAGCUGCUUUUGAAGUCGAAGAAACCGUCGGUAAUGCCACCACGCUCCGGGUACCUUAAAAAUUCACCUUUUCUCACCGUAAGUUGUGCUCAAAUGCAAAAACAUCAUACUCAUAUUUCUCCAGCAGUCGCCCGGCAGUGCGGGUGGGUUGCUCAUCUUCCAUGAUGUGCACUGCUACCACAGGAGGAAAGGCUAAUCGAUGCGGAACAACAGUGCGACAACUCGGAGUAGGAUCGAUAAAACAGCAUCUGGAUCCUCCACCUAGAACUUAGAAAGAACAUUUUCCAGUGGAAAUUCACAUUAUUCUCAGGAUGCGGUUAUGGCGAUGCGGCUUAGCGCAGCUGCUGGGUUAAAAGAAAGUCAGGACUACGAGGCGCUCAUCGCAAAAGCGGAAUCUCGGUUGCAAGAGACUAUCGCGGACGCGCAGGAAUUCAGCGUCGCCUUUGCAGAUAACUCGGAAGCCGCUCAAGUCGAGCUCGACGGCUGGGUGGAAGCUGUGGCCGCUGGUCGCGAGGGUAAGGAGAACAACGACCUGGUGGUCUUUUUGCGCGAAAUGCGCAAACAGAUCGAGGACGGUGUGGAAAAGUGGUAACAUGCAACAUGUUGAAGCAGAUACAUAUUGAUAUUGUUCAUUCCUGCAGCAACUCGAAGUCGGACUGCAUCCGAGCAGAGAACAGCUAUGACGGUAGUGACCGUGUAGCUCCGCGCACAUUGUCGAGUUCUCACAGCGCAGUACAGCGAUGCGUAUCCUUUCAAGAACACACUUAUUUUUACUUAGACUAACAUCCUGAAUCCCCGCCCGUGGUACGAUUAAAAAAUAACAACUGCAUGGAGGACGCACUGUAUCCUAGGUCCUCGCUCUUGCAUUCAUUCAAGUAGCUAGCGAGUGCGAGGAGCUAUUUAGCUUUCCUGUCUCAACACUGACACUGAGGUAGAAGUAAUCACCAGCUAAACACAGCACGAACAAGUCGCGAACUACGCAGGACAUCAAGUACAAAAUCCUAUUUACAGCAGCCUAGCUGUAGCUGUAUCUGUGAGUAGCGCCAGCGCAACAUCACGAAAUAAAUUGAACAGCUUUGGCAAAGUAACACAGAUUUGUAGCAAAUUGCUACAAAUCUGUGUUACACUUGAAAAGUUCGGCCCGAGUACUUACCUGAAAGCGCAUCUCAAAUGAAAGUAAAACACGACAGUUCAUCAAUGCGACCAUAUCAUCGUUGUCGUGGUAAGGUCUUCUAAACAC